CUUUUUUGUCCAUUUUGAACUGCCGUAGUUGCCGGUUGUUGGAGGUCAGCUGUAGGAGGCGUGCGCUUGAAAUUUUCAACACAGAAUGUUAUGAAAUGUGAAUUACGAUUAUGGACUUUUACGUCUUUUGUGUGAUGUGCAUGCGUAUGUCUACAGCCUGGAUUGGUUUAUAGAAGUACCAGUGAACCACUGAACUUAGGGGUCUAAUUACAAGAGCAAGAUCCCUGUCCGUUUUGUCCUAACGUUAGCUAACUUACACAGUUCGCUAGGAUAGCCCAGCGCGUCGCUAUAGUUGGACAGACAAGGUUGGGUUUGAACCGGGCCUGUCACUCGGCAAUUGCCCCGCAGUGCUGGGGGCAGCAAUUAGAUGAUUUUCGAUUCAAUCAAAUGUUUUGGUUUUGCCUGGAGCUAAGAUCACAGCAAUGAGAAAGGACGUCAGGAUAUUGCUGGUUGGUGAACCCAAAGUGGGGAAGACAUCACUGAUCAUGUCAUUGGUCAGUGAGGAAUUCCCUGACGAGGUUCCCCUGCGUGCUGAGGAGAUCACCAUUCCAGCAGAUGUCACACCAGAAAGAGUGCCCACACACAUAGUAGACUAUUCAGAAGCUGAGCAGUCAGAAGAACAGUUGUUCCAAGAGAUUUCCAAGGCUAAUGUUAUAUGCAUUGUCUAUUCGGUCAACAACAAGAAGUCUAUUGAGAAGGUGACAAGCCAUUGGAUUCCUCUCAUCAAUGACAGAACAGACAAAGACAGCAGGGUGCCGCUGAUCCUGGUGGGGAACAAGUCGGACCUGGUGGAGCACAGCAGCAUGGAGACCAUCCUGCCCAUCAUGAACCAGUACUCGGACAUCGAAACCUGCGUGGAGUGUUCAGCGAAGAACCUGAAGAACAUUUCCGAGUUGUUCUACUAUGCCCAGAAGGCCGUGCUCCACCCUACAGGGCCGCUGUACUGCCCCGAGGAGAAGGAGAUGAAACCGUCGUGUAUCAAAUCACUCACGCGCAUUUUUAAGGUGUCCGACCUGGACAAUGAUGGCAUUCUCAACGACAACGAGCUCAAUUUCUUCCAGAGGACGUGCUUCAACAUCCCACUGGCCACUCAGGCCCUGGAGGACGUGAAGAAUGUGGUGAGGAAGAACAUCUCAGAAGGAGUGAAGGACAACGGGCUCACGCUCAAAGGUUUCCUGUUCCUGCACACACUCUUCAUCCAGAGGGGCCGGCACGAGACCACCUGGACCGUCCUGCGGAGGUUUGGCUACGACGACGACCUGGAGCUCACACAGGAGUACCUGUUUCCACUGUUGAAGAUCCCUUCAGACUGCACCACGGAGCUGAACCACAACGCAUACCUCUUUUUGCAGGGUGUCUUUGACAAGCACGACAAAGACCGGGACUGUGCUCUGUCCCCGGACGAGCUGAAGGACCUGUUCAAAGUCUUCCCCUACCUACCCUGGGGUCCUGAUGUCAACAACACUGUCUGCACCAACGAGCAGGGCUGGAUCACCUACCAGGGCUACCUGUCGCAGUGGACGCUAACGACGUACCUGGAUGUGCAGAGGUGUCUGGAGUACAUGGGCUACCUUGGCUAUUCCAUCAUUAAUGAACAGGAGUCCCAGGCCGCUGCCAUCACAGUGACGCGGAACAAGCGCAUCGACCUGCAGAAGAAGCAGACCCAGCGCAGCGUGUUCCGCUGUAACGUCAUGGGAGCGCACCACAGCGGCAAGAGCGGCUUUCUGCAGGCCUUUCUGAGCAGGAACCUCACGCGACAGCUGAAGUUAAGAGAGGACCACAAGUCCUUCUACGCCAUGAACACCACCUACGUCUACGGCCAGGAGAAGUACCUGCUGCUCCAUGAAGUGUCUCCAGACUUGGACUUCCUUUCUGAGACGGACCUGGCCUGUGACGUGGUCUGUCUGAUCUAUGAUGUCAGCAACCCACGUUCCUUCGAGUACUGCGCCAAGGCCUACAAGCGCUACUUCAUGGACAGCAAGACACCGUGUAUGUUCAUCGCUGCCAAGUCCGACCUGCACGAGGUGCGGCAGCAGAGCACCCUCCCCCCGCUGGACUUCUGCCGCAAGCACCGGCUGCACCCGCCACAGCCUUUCACCUGCAACACAGACGAUGCGCCCGGCAAAGACAUCUACACCAAACUCACCACCAUGGCCAUGUACCCCCACUCCAAGUUACGGUGCAUGUGUGCCUGCAACAGGUGCACCUUUUGUGUGUCUCACAACCUCCUGAACUCAGAGCUGUUGCGCUCUAUCAAGGCCACCCUCUACACGGCCCUUCUCAGCAGACACAUGACCCAGGCUGACCUGAAGAACUCCACUUUCUGGCUGCGAGCCAGUUUGGGUGCCACCGUCUUCGCUGUGCUGGGCUUCGCCAUGUACAAGGCCAUCCUGAAGCAGCGGUGAUCAGUGUCCACACACACACCCGUGUGAUAACCACGACCCCCCCCCCCCCUCCGCCUCUUACCCCUCCUCAACUAUGACCCCCCCAUCCCACCCUCCUCUUCAGCCCAAUUCCCUGAAUUGAGUCAAACCUUAACUAGAAACGUUGCAAAUCCUAGACAUAGCUACAUUUUUUUUCUAUAUAUAUAUUUGAAAUGAAGAAGAAGAACAUGAAAAGUUGCAACUAUUUUUCUUCUGAGGUUUAUUGGAACCCCAUGCGCCUGAAAAAACAACAACCAUUGUCUGUAUUAAAGGGCAUUUUAAGAAUGCUGCAGAUAGUUGCAGUGCGGUUGCCUUCCUGGUUGGCCUCGGUGUCUGCUGGUUUUUCUAAAAGCAGGUUUAAACUGCUCUCAGGCCAGUAUUCGAUCCUCCUUUUUGACCUGGAACAUGGAGAACUGCAGGUAGCUGUGGCAGCACAGGGUUCCUAGCUCAGAUUGGACUGACCUCCAUGUUUAUAAACUGUAUAUACUGCUCAGAAAAGCUAAGAUCACACUCAUUGUCUCUGAGGUGGAAGGGGGAACACAUUCUCACACUACCCAAGGGAGACACUACCAAUACCAAUACCAAGCCAUUUCUAAUCUGUUAAAGGUUGUGUGUUUUCAAGACACAUUGCAGAUGUAUUAAUUUAUUAACCGCUUUUUUUCUGCUUUUUGGUGUUUUUUUUUUUUUUUCUUUCUUUCUUUUUAUUGUCCAUUUUAAUUGUUUUGUUUGACAUUGCAUGAAAGCAGACACAGUUCAAGAGAGUUAGGGUUUUCUUUUGUAUUUUUUUUUUUUUUUUAAUUACCAUUAUUGUUUAUUAUAUAUUACAUUUGAUCACUGCAGCAACGAACAUCUGAAGAAUAAACAAAACUUAAGUGCUUCAUGGAUCUUUGCUGACGUUUCUCCACCUAGCAGGUUGGCUGCCUUGGGAUUUGAAAGUGUCUUUGGUCCCUCAGUGCUGUGUGUGUUUGAGGGGCCUGUCUGACGGUGGGGCCCCUACUCUGGCCCUACUCCCACCCCUGUCCUCUGUAGCUCAGUGUGUGGCGCCCCCUACUGGUCAGGAGGUUUUAAACGGCAUCAUACACAGAACAUGUUCUCAUUGGCUUCAAGGUCCCAUCUGCUAAGAUCCUUUCUCACUCUCCUCAACAGUCUCAAGAACACCACACGGUUAUGUACUCUUGCGUUGAACUCUCAUCAUAACUAUGUAUGCACCAUCAUUAUUACUUCCAUUGCCAUGACUGUUACGGUCUGACACCAUACUCUGCUCUCACAUCAAAUGUUAGAACAUGUUUUAUUUGUUUCUGACUUUUCCAGCAUUUACAAUAAAUAACUGUGUGAUCUA